ACCGUGUUCGUAUCUCAGUCAAGGAACACCUGAAAGCCUGCAACAUCACUCUCCACUGACUGUCUAGAUGAAUCCAAGAUCGGAUACGAGACUGACUGGGCCCUUUGUAAAUAAGAAAGAGGCGCAGAGCUGACGGAUCUCCAAGAAACAAACAAAUGCGAAGGCAAGGCCUUCGUUCGGCAGAAGAGGUUGGGGCACGGAUACACAGUGAUGUAGGAUUUGGCGGUGAGAGGAACGGGAGGAUCGGCGUCGAUUCGGAGAAGCCGGUCAUAAAGGAAAGGUGGGAGAUGGUGGAUGGGAGAGGUGCCUGGGAAUCGCAGAAGACUGUCUCUCCUGUGCUGGAGUCGGUGCUUUUCCUUAUGCAGAUCUGCAAGAGUGUUCACAUAUACGGAUUCGAUCAUCCUGAGCCAUAUAGUUCACGAGGUUCCAAAAUGCAGAGCUACUUUGAUAAGGUAUCGGAUGCGGGGCGAUACGAUAUCGACAGUUCGCAAGUCUUGCCGUUUAUUUUACGGAUAUUUAAUAUAGAGGGAUUAGUUCAUUUCCAUUGAUAAUUUAUAGCUAUGAAUUACUUACUAUCUAGUAUCUUUUUUUUUUUUCUUUUUUUUUUUUUGUUUGUUAGUAUCUACUUAAAGUCUUAAAGUUUUUCCAUGCAUACGCUGUAAUAUAAUUUUACCCCAGGCAAGGAAUGAAUGGCGCUAUCACCC